AAACCUCCUCGACUCUCUACGAGACAAUCUGCUGAAGUUGUGAAGAAUUGAAGAGAGAUCACUGUAACCAUGCUGAAGCUAGCUCUUGUUCUUGGAUGCCUCCUGAGCCUGGCUCUGGCUCAGCCUAUGGACACCGAGCACAAAAGACUUGCUCGCUCAAGCUCUGGCUCUGACUCUGACUCAAAUUCAAAUGAGAACAACAACAACAACAACCAGCAGGCCAUUAACGCCCAGUUGAUUCAGAUUAUCCUUCAGCUGUUAAACCGGCUAGCGACCACUGCAGCUACAACUACUGCUGCUCCUACUACACCUGCUACUCCCACCACAGUGGUCACUACCCCCUCCACUAUUUGAUAAGAACACUGAGUUGGAGGGAAAACCAUGUCAUUUGUUGUGUAA